AUGGCGCCGUCUGCGUUUGCCGUCGCUGCCGACGGCCUGGCCAGCCACGCCAAAAGGGCCUACUGCUACUCGUACGGGUACACCUACACCUGCAACAACAGAUGGUACGACUGGGGCCGGUGGGUGGUUCUGGCGGGCGUCGUCGUCGUCGUCACCUUGAUUCUCUUUUCUUGCGCUUUCACCGCCCGCCGUCGCCGCCGCCGCGGCGCCCAGCCCAUGUACGGGACGGGCUGGAUGGCGCCCUCGGGCAAGGUCGGCGAGCAGCAGCAGCACCAGAUGAACAACUACCAGCAAGGCUACGACCAAGGCUACAUGUACCAGCCCGGGUAUCAGCAAGGCUACGGCCAGCAGGGCCAAUACAACGCCCCUCUCGCCUACGGCCAGCAGCCUCAGAACACCGGGACAACCUUUAACCCCAACGACGGCUACUACGGCCACCAGCAGCACCAGCAGCACCAGCAGCAGCACCAGCAGCAGUACGAUGUUCAGCAGCCGCAAAGCACGUACCAGCGCGACAACACCAGCUACGCCCCUCCAGCUGGUCCCCCCCCUGGCAAGUAG